CUACUUACCUUCCAUAAAAAACAAUGUUGGGAGUAAUGUGGGCAAACCUUAGUAUCCCCCUUGACAUUUGUAAGUACUCCCUCCAUAAACUAAUACAAGAGCGUUUAGAUCACUAGUAGUGAUCUAAACGCUCUUAUAUUAGUUUACAGACGGAGUACUAAAUAGUUCUGAUACCUGUUACCUUAUUUACAUCGUAUUGGAUGGAGCAUUGACCAUGUAAAACGACCAAGUGAUCAUCCCUGGAACAAAUUUUGCAGAAUACAAUGUCUCGUAUGCUUUUUACUACUGCUUGGAACCUUGCUUCAGCAACUCAUUUUUCCUGGCAAUAGGUUGUUGCCGUCCUUGCAUAUUCAUCCCCUACUGUUUGUCACAAAUCUUUCUAACUAAUAAAGCAAUCUAUUUUCCUAACAAAUGUUAUUGCUAGUUAUUUCACUGACCUUUUCUGUUCAAAGCAUCGAUACCAGGUGUAGAAUCAUGUAUGAAGAUUUUGGCACAGGUUGAAUUAGAGACUAGUUGUACAGUCCUAGGAAAUGCUCUAAGUACAGAUCUUGUGCAGAUCAAACAAUAGAAAAUAAGACACAACAGUUGCUUCAGAAGGGUCCAAAAGAUGGCUUCAAACCCUCCUUAAAACAUUUUCAAGCAUUCUUUAUGGUUGCCACAUGGAGAUUGAGAUGAACAGCCAGUUCGAGCAGCUAACAGCCGACGUGAUCUCGCGGGUGGUGUCUGGGAGCAACCAUAGAGAGGCAAAUUUAGUCCAUCUGGUGCAGAAGGAGGUCCAGUUUCUUGCCUUCUCCAGUAUAUUCAACGUUUUUAGCCAUGUCCCGGGAUUCAGAUGUCUUCCAACAAAAACACCAGAAGCUCCAGAAAGAGGUGAAGAGCAUCCUCGCCAAUAUUGUCCAAAGGAAAGCGACAUUCAGGAUUUUCUUACAUAGCUUUACCAGUAGAUUGAUACAUUUAAGUAUCACCAAAUCAAUCCUUUUAGGAUUACAUUCGGACAUUGCUUCCAUGAAAUCAUUUUCUUGUAGGGCACUAAAACCAUCCAAUUGUAUCUUGAGCUGAAGCACUAAGAUGAAUCAAGCGUCCGCUCCUCCCUUUUCCUUCUUCGCGGACUUACUUUGUCUUGGCUAAGGAUGUGGAUCAACGAAAAGACCACUGACGCAGCAUGCACAAAGGGCGCCGCAUCACUCUCAAUGGCAUUCAAGAUAAUCCUUCCUGCCAUCCAAUCUUCUGUCCGUAAACUGCAGGGAUUGUUGAAACAGGGUACUUUUAGCCAGUGUGUGCAAGUGCGCCAGAUUCACCAGGAGCAUGAUCCGGCUGAGAGUGGAUAGAAAGUCGGGAAUCUUUCCCUUUCUUUUUAUCCCUAUGGGUUUUCAUUGAUCCAAGCUUCCUCUGUUCAUACGAAAGGAAAGGAUCCAGGUUGUUAUUGUGGAGCGCACAGCUAUUUGCUUAUAUCUUCAUUUGGCCAAGUCUGGCUGUCCUUAAGAAAGAGACUUGGAAUUAGCGCCCCCGAAGGGGGUAAGAUGAGCUUGGAAAAGCAAACAACUCAGAACAAGGUCGACGAGGAGUGACCGAUUUCUUGAGGAACGACCAAGGAAGACCAAUUAGUUAGGAUCGCUACCUUGCCAUUAGCGUCCCUUUGAGACCGGACUCAUGAAGAGGACCAAAAAAUCUAUUCAGCUUUGUUAUCAACUAGGCAUCAGUGGGAACGUCAAGAUGAAUGAGUCAACUAAGUAUCAGAUCGACCAAACUGAACAAAUGAUAGCUCAAGAUCAUGUUGUUCAUUGGGAAUUGAAGAGGGGAGAACGAGUAGACAUCAAACGAUUAUUUUCUAUUUCUUGUUAUCAUGGAAUUCGUCAUCAAGAUGGGGCGCCCUUUCUCUGUUCUUUUUAUUCCAAACAUGAAAGCAUCAACAAAACUUCCCUUCCAUAUAGAUCGUCAUGGCAUGAACUAAAUUCUGCAUUUCCCCAACCCCACUACUGCCCGAAAUUCGCUUUCAUCUUGUGAUACCUCAGACCUAUUUCUUUGGACCCUUAACUACCAAAGUAAAGUGCAGUGGGCACAUAUAUAUGUGGGCAGAGGAAGUCUCAAAAAGCAAAGGCCGGACUGUAGAUCAUGUGACCUGCACCGAAAAGAUCGCUGACUGGGAUUUCUCCUGGAUCAAAGAGGAUCAGCUUGCCAAAUUCUUCAAUCGCGGGCACCCGAGAACGUCGAAUGAAAGUGGUCUUUGUGCAACCCUAUUUAUGUGAUAAAAAUAAUGCAAGAAAACAAAUGCGCUAACGCGCAACGGCUUCCGCGCUAGUUGCUCAAUCCGUUGCUUGCUUCUCUUCUAUCUUGGAAAAGUGAGGAUUUCUUAUCUGAUCCUACGGAAGGAAGAGAGGUGGAAAAUGUUGUCUGCAUCCUCAAAACCAAAGGUUGCCAUCAUUCGUGAAGAAGGGAGUAACAGUGACAGGGAAAUGUCUGCUGCAUUCCAUGUUGCUGGUUUUGAACCGUGCGAUAUCACAAUGUCAGAUCUCUUGAACCAAAAGGCUUCUCUAACGGAAUUCCGUGGGAUUGCAUUUGUUGGUGGAUUUAGCUAUGCAGAUGUUCUUGAGUCAGCAAAAGGUUGGGCUGCAUCUAUCAGGUUCAACCAGCCCCUCAUACAGCAGUUCCAGGAGUUCUACAAUAGGCCAGACACAUUCAGCCUUGGGGUGUGCAAUGGGUGUCAGCUCAUGGCUCUUCUUGGUUGGGUACCAGGACCCGAUAUUGGAGGCUCGCUUGGUGCAGGUGGAGACAUGUCCCAGCCAAGGUUCACUCACAAUGAAUCUGGCCGUUUUGAAUGUCGGUUUAUCAGUGUGGCCAUAGGGGAUUCUCCUUCUAUAAUGUUCAAAGGUAUGGAAGGCUCUACUUUGGGCAUUUGGAGUGCUCAUGGUGAAGGGAGAGCCUUAUUCCCAGAUGAAAAUGUCUUAUCUGAUGUUGUCAAUUCAAAUCUGGCCCCUCUGAGGUACUGCGAUGAUGCUAAUAAUGUCACAGAGGUUUAUCCUUUCAACCCUAAUGGCUCUCCGCUUGGUAUUGCGACCCUUUGCUCCCCUAAUGGAAGACACCUUGCUCUGAUGCCACACCCGGAGCGUUCCUUUAUGAUGUGGCAAUACCCAGGGUAUCCCAAGGAGUGGCAGGUUGAGAAGGGUGGUCCCAGUCCUUGGUUGCGCAUGUUCCAGAAUGCAAGAGAAUGGUGUUCAUAGAGAAGGGACCAAAUUGGUGGCCCGUAUGUAUGCUUAGAGGGGCAUUCUGCUGUAGAACAGAACUAAUGUGGACAUGGAUCAACUGAAUACUAUGUCUGAAAUUAUCGUGUUGGAAGAACUCAAGUGACAGGCAGCAGUUCUCAGUUCUUGAGUUGAGAUGGAAUGUUUGUGCAACUUAUUCUCAAUGGACAUGGACAGUGCCUGUAUAGGCGCUGCCUGCGAGCAUAGUUAUGUUUUCGCUAGCUGAAUUGAGCUAUAUGCUUCUUCUGCAAUGAUUCACCUAUAUCCAAUGAUACAAUAUGGUUAGUUCCA